CAUCUAUUUUUCCCCGAAUUUCGUCUCAGAUAAUCUCCUUAUCUCAACGUGUUUUCCGCUGAUUCGAUUCAAUGUAAGAAUUUCGAUUUACAUCAACAGAAAAUUUGUGAUAAAGUCAUGGUUGCUUCAAAAAUCACUGACGUCAUCAAUGCCGAUGUUGCCGAUAAUGCAUCGCCGGCGUUAGGUUGCUCUUCAUCGGUUCCUUGCUCGAUUUGUUUCGAUUUAGUCAUCGAUGAAGGGGAGAGGUCCACAGCCAAGCUUCAAUGCGGCCACAAAUUUCAUCUUGAUUGCAUAGGAUCGGCUUUUAAUUCCAAGGGAACAAUGCAAUGUCCAAACUGUCGAAAGGUUGAGAGUGGCAGAUGGCUGUUUGCAGAUGCAAUUUCUGAGACUAGUGCAAGAGACUGGAUGCCAAAUGAGGGCCCACAUGACUUAAGCUAUUCCAGAAGGCCAUUUGGGUUUCACUGGUGUCCUUUCAGCGGAUUUACAGUUCAUUCAUCAAUUGAGGAAUCCGAACCUUCAUUAAAUACAUUUACUAACUUCCAGGCAAACCAUCCUAUGAUUAUUGACCAUACAGCUUCAGCUCCCUCUUAUAUUUCAUAUUUUCAACCAAGUGAACAUGCUAAUAAUUUCCAUCAUCCCUUGAAUUUCAUAUCUACCCCUCGUGCCACUAACAUCCAACACCCAACUUGGGGGUGGAACUGUCAUUUCCUUCCUUACAAUGCGGACAGAGACCAUGGUAUUCCUGCCACAUUGAGAUCCACCUCUUUUCUUCAUCCAUUGCACUAUAAUACCCAACAGAGAUUGCGUAUGGUGUUGCCAGCUGUCAGCAAUCGAGGUGAUCAUGGUGGUAGGCGUGGGUUUUACAUACAUGAACAUGAACAUGAACAUGAACAAAGUUCCUACAAUUCUUAUUAUCGUACACAUGAAAGAGAGUAUGACUCAUCACAUGUUCCCAUCAUGAACAACCCCCGGGGAUCAGGAUCAGGAUCAUUUCAUCAUCGGACUCACUGGUCUUAAAAAAAAAAAGGUGAGUCCUCCUGUUACUGUUAAUACUUUCACAAAUUUUACAAACAAAACCAGUCAACCAUUACAUAUCAUUCAAGAAUAUUUUAUAAGAGAGAUUCCACUUAGAUUUAUUCUGGGGACUGGGAAUCGGGGUAUUUGCCUAUUUCUUCUUGGAUGACCAUAUGAACAUUUCUAUAUAUAUACACACAAUUGGUAACCAAGGAGAACUUUGUAAUUUUGUAUAUUUCUAUGUGUUGAUAUUGUGAAAACGAU